AUGUUGCACACUGACAGAGCAAGACCAGGUGAAUUUUCAGAAGCUGAUUACCCAUGAGUUGAAUAUCAAAGAAGACAGCAAUUUUGGGACCCUAUAAGGCUAUCUCUUUUCACAUUGGCAAUUGCAGCAAUCAUAGGAAUUGCAACUGGUAUUGUUACUCAUUUUGUUGUUGAGGAUGAUAAGCCAUUCUAUUAUCUUGCCUCUUUUAAAGUUACAAAUAUAAAAUACAAAGAAAACUAUGGAAUAAGACCCUCAAGGGAAUUUAAAGAAAGGAGUCAUCAGAUUGAGAAAAUGGUAAGCCCAAUAGAAAUUUUGAAAAAGUCGCUUUAUUAUGAUUAUCUCUGUUUAUCUGCUUUUUUGCUCUUCAGGCCAGAUGAAAAUGGUGUGAACAUUCUUAUGGUGCUCAUGUUUCAACACCCAUCUACUGAUAGUGCUGAGCAAAUCAGGACAAAAAUUGAAAGGAUUCUAUAUCAAAGUCUGAAGACAAAACAGUUGCCUUUGACUGUAAACAAACCAUCAUUUACACUCACAUGUUACCUUUUUGGUUUCUGGAUGAAGACUGGAAUAAGGAUGACAUCUUCAUACAUGCCAUUACCAGCAUCCUCUUCUACUGAAAGGAUUGUCCAAGGAAGUGAAACAGCUAUGGAAGGGCAGUGGCCAUGGCAGGCCAGCCUCCAGCUCAUAGGGGCAGGCCAUCAGUGCGGAGCUAGCCUCAUCAGUAACACGUGGCUGCUCACGGCAGCUCACUGCUUCCGCAAACAUAAAGACCCAAGUCAAUGGAUUGUUACUUUUGGCACAACUAUAACGGCACCCGCAGUGCAACGAAGUGUGAGGAAAAUUACCUUUCAUGAGAAUUACCAUAGAGAAACAAAUGAAAAUGACAUUGCUUUGGCUCAGCUUGCUACCCAAGUUGAGUUUUCAAAUGUAGUCAGAGUUUGCCUCCCAGAUUCAUCCAUAAAGUUGCUGUCUAAAACAAGUGUAUUCAUCACAGGGUUUGGAUCCAUUGUGGUUGAUGGACCUACACAAAAUAGACUUCGGCAAGCCAGGGUGGAAACCAUAAGCACUGAUGUGUGUAACAGAAAGGAUGUGUAUGAUGGCCUGAUAACUUCAGGAAUGUUGUGUGCUGGAUUCAUGGAUGGAAAAGUAGAUGCAUGUAAGGGAGAUUCUGGUGGACCUCUGGUUUAUGAUAAUCAUGACAUCUGGUACCUUGUCGGUAUAGUAAGUUGGGGACAAUCAUGUGCUCUUCCCCAAAAACCUGGGGUCUACACAAGAGUGAGUCAGUAUCGAGGUUGGAUUGCCUCAAAGACUGGUAUCUAG